AUGGCUUCUCAAAGCCCCCAUGAUCUUGUCACCGUCCACAAAAUCCAAUCCUCUCCCACGCAUCCAAUUGCUCACACCAAAAAGGUCAAACGCAGCUAUCCUCCCAUCAUCCCAAUCAUCAUCGUACCAACCAAAGACAGCCCCAGCAGCCCCAUCCCAGACUGGUUCAGACUCGAUUCUCUCCCCGAAGAGCUGCUGGAAGAAGUCUCGAAGCACCUAUCGGUUACCGACCUCAAAUGUCUCCGCCUGACCAGCCGCCACAUGUACCGUAUCAGCCUUCGGGAAUACGCGCGCGAGGGUUUCCGCAAAAUCACGACCGACUUCACUAAACAAUCGCUGGAUCGCAUCUAUUCCAUUCUCAAAGAUGAUGUCUUUCGUCCUCAGAUCCGCGAAGUUACUAUUCAGUGGGCCGGAAUCGACCGCAAGGCACCCAAGGCUCUGGUCGAGGCCUUCUGGGGUGCUUUUAACCGUUGCGAGAACUGUAAGAUUUCGGAAGCCUGUCUUCUAUUUCUCAACCUCCAGACUCGAAUUAAAUGA